GCUAAACUCAACGCAGAACAGUACGAGAUUUACAGCGAGAUUUUGCAAGCUGUGGAAGAGGGACAACCGCUCUGCGCGUUCGUCGACGGCAAGGCUGGUCGAGGGAAGACAUUCCUGGUGCAUUCUAUAUGCAACAAACUGCGGUCUCAGGGGCAUAUCGUGUUGGCUACUGCGACUUCUGGAUUCGCUGCUCAGCUUUAUCCUGGAGGCAGGACGACGCAUUCUACGUUCAAGGUA